GCCAGCCAGCGCUGGAAAACGCUGAGUUGUAAAAAGUGGAGAAAACUCGCCUGAAUCAACCAUAAUGUCAGUUUAAGAACGUUAGCGAGUGAUUACGGUUCCCGUGGAAAGCGUCUCGUUUUGUUGGUUAUUGGAAAAACCCAAAUUAAGGGCAGACAAAGUUUUCUUUUUCUCACUACAUUCUUUAAUUUCAAAUAGGAAAAACUUGUAUUGAAAUCGUUGAAAAGGUUUUCGUCUGUGCUUUUAUUCCUCAAAUGGCUUACAAAAAAUGUCCGUUUUAGUUGUAUAAUAGAUAUUUCCGGCAAAAGUCAUUAGUCACUUAUGUCGUUCAAUACCAUCAGUGCUCAAAAGAACGGAAGCAGAACACCAUUUUAGGUACUACUGUGAGUGUGAAUUUAAUUUUUGUUUUAUUGUUGUUGGCAACGAAUGGAGAAAACACUGCAAAGACCAACAAAAUACCAUCACAAUACCAUAGAUAUGCGCGUUUGGAUGUGUGAUUGGUUUUUGGAAUAAAUCGGAAUAACAAAAGGAUAACAAAAAAAUGUGGCUUAAUGGAUUAAUCCUCGUAACAGUUCUGGCUGCGGCUAAAAGCGCUGAGGCAGAACUAAAUGUGGAAGCAGCAUUUCAAGGUCAUUGUGGGCACACAAGUCCUUGUGAGCAACUUUGUUAUGAAAUACAUGAUGGAAUGUACGAAUGUGAUUGCAUAGAAGGAUACGAAUUGAAUAAAAAUGGCUAUAGCUGUCAAGUUAUUAAUUCAACACUCCCACCAGAUAGUCCCUCAAAAUCCGAAGAGGAUGUACUUUACCAAAAAGGUGCCUCGUUUAGUGCCAAAUUGGCGAACGGUGUCAAUGGGAGCAACCAAAUACUUUCCUCGGGAGAAGAUGAAACAGAUGAAUACGAUGAAUUCAUCUCUGGCGCCGAAAACCUCUCGACAAGUCAUCGAAAAUCUAAUUCAUAUAUCGAUAGCAAUUCAAAAGAUUACUACAUAUCUUCAGAUAGCAUUAGUUUCAACGACGAUCAAUUAGACUUAAACCCUGUACCUGAAUUCAAAAACGUUAAUUCAAAUUCGAAAAACCUUACAAAUUCCCUGGACAGCAUGUACACCGAUUCAGAGACAAACGAACUAAGUCAACGCAUCCAAUGGCUGCAACAGCAACAAAAUCACCUGCAGCAUCCUGAGCUUCAUCGAUUAAACGAUAAACUUACGAAAUCGCCAUCAAUGGAAUCUAAAGAGAAUUCUGCUCCAGCGUUGGCGGAAGCACUUGACACAUCUAUAACCAGCAGCAAUAUGUUGGAGGAUGAUUACUACUCAAAACUGGAUAUGUCUGUCUAUGACGAUGUCAAUAACAAUAAGUUAAACUUGCGACCAGUCGAUGCAAACACAUAUCAAAACGGUUACAAUCAAUUGCAAGCGACAUCGGUACUGCCACCGACACUAACACCCGAGCCCAAUAAAGACGAUAGCCUUAAAAAGGUAGAGGAACAGCAAAGGCGGGAAAUGAAUAUGACAGUUGUUACUGAAGCAUCAUCUUCAACGGCAGCGAAGAAAGCGCACAGCGAAACGCCCUUGGCUCUGUUGAAGCAUAUCAAGCCGAUUUCACGGAAUCUCUCGAGAAUAGCAAUAGAUGCAUGUCCCUUGGAUUGCGGCUUGGAUGGAGUUUGUGAUAUCAACGACGAAGGAAUACCAAGAUGCUUGUGCACUUUUGGUAAAAGUGGCAACGGCUGUCUAGACGAUACUAAGGUUCGCAUUCCUAGAUUUUCCAAAAAGUCCUGGUUGGCCUUUCCAGCCUUACGUGGAGCAUACAAACAUGUUCAGAUAAGAGUUGAAUUUCGACCGGAAUCCGUCGAAGGCAUUAUCCUUUUAACUGGUGAAAGGGACGACUUGACUGGAGAUUUUAUGGCCUUACUUAUACAUCAAGGAUUCAUUGAAUUCUGGUUUGACUGUGGUUCUGGUGUUGGCAGCGUUCGUUCCGUAGAAAUGGUUCAACUUAAUCAAUGGAAUUCGGUCACAAUAUACAGACACCGAUGGGAUGCUUGGUUGUUAUUAAACCAUGGCUCACGUGUACAAGGACGAUCAAAGGGAUUGUUCUCAAGAAUAACUUUUAGGGAGCCUGUUUUUCUUGGGGGAACAGGCAACAUUACUGGUUUAGCUAAACGGCUCCCAGUUUAUGAAGGGAUGGUGGGUUGCAUUCGAAGAUUUGUUGCUAACGAACAUGAGUAUAGCUUCAGUGAACAUCCCCUUGGUGACGUUUCCAAAGGAUUCGAUAUUCAGGACUGCACAACGGACAAAUGCUACAAAUACCCUUGUCAGCAUGAAGGAAAAUGUUUGCCAUCCGAUCAAGGUGCAAUUUGCCUCUGUCCAAUGGGCUUCGUCGGAGAUCUCUGUGAACUUAGACUAGACUUGCAAGUGCCCUCAUUUAACGGAUCGUCUUACCUGCGAUAUGCACCCCUUGGAGACAGUGCUCUUAUUUGGCUUGAACUUCAGGUUGUAAUUAAGCCUUUGGAAACGGACGGAAUUAUUUUAUACACUGGCCAUGAACAUCAUGGAGACUUUAUUGGAUUGUCCUUGGAUAUGGGGUUUGUUGAGUUUUCCUUUGAUUUGGGAAGUGGUCCAGCUAUAGUGAGGAGUGACUACCCCAUUACAACUGGACAGUGGCACACUAUAAAAGUGUCUAGGACUGCAAGGUUGGCCGUGCUUAAGGUGGACGAACUUCCAGAAGUUAUGACCAUAUCAUCUAAUGGCUUCUGGCAUUUAUCUUUACCGCAUGCUGUCUACCUUGGAGGUGUUCCUAAUUCUGAUCUCUUGCCAUCAGUUAUACGAUACAGAGGCUUCUUUGCGGGUUGUAUACAAAAGGUCAAGAUAAAUAGCAGAACUAUGUCUAUUGUUGGUGAAGCACUUGGAGGAACAAACGUUGACAAUUGCCCUCAUGCAUGCAAUGCCCAACCAUGUGGGCCGCUUUCAGAAUGCCUGCCUCUGUUGGAGAGCUACGAAUGCCGGUGCGGUCAGUUCAACCCGGAAUGCAAUACGACGAUACCCAUCAGCAUUCAAACCCCUGAUAGUAUCCCCAAAACUACAGACAUAUCACCGCCACAUACCUACAGCCCACCAAUUGGAAAUAAUCAACACCAUCACCACCACCAACGUCAACGUCAACACCAACACCAACAACAACACCAAUACCAACACCAGCAGCCCAACAAGCACUAUCCGCCCAAACACAAUAAAAGUCAUUACCCACAACGUCAAUCAACACAAUUUUCUAGCGCAAAUUCACUAGACAAUCUGUCGCACAAUUCCAAAUCCAAAAGGAACCGGAAGACCCUCAAACCAACGUCAGUGCCUGCCAAUAGACAACCCGGCUAUAAAGCAAAAUGGAGUGAACACAUAACACCGGAAAUGUUCUACUUAGAAGCCGAAUCGAAGGACUCACCCGUCGACCAGUAUGUCGACGAUGCCCCCAUCAGUCAUGAUUUCCAUUUACCUGACAGCCAUCACCGAUAUUUUGAAACAGGAGCUGAAACACCCCCCAAGAAGGACUUCCACUCCGAUGAAAACGAUUUGCAGCUACUAGAUAUGUCUGUUACACACUUUCAGCAAACCAACGAUCCCAAGCCCCCAUCAGCUAAAGAAAACACACAAGUGCCCCCAACCGAUACACAUUAUUCGAAACCCCACAAACACUUUGGAAAAAAACAUCAAAGGUCUCGAUACAAUAGCGACUUGGAUAAGGCGCUUCAAAAGGGUCAGUCUCAGAAUGAAGAACAUAAUAAGCAUAGUUCCCAUCAAGCAGAUUCCAAUGUGCUUCAGGAAACACAAGUAGUGUCGGCAACAGAAACAUCAACAGCAACAGCAACAGAAACAGCAACAGGCAAGCCUAGAAAAAGAUUGCACAAAAGACCGUCAUCUCAUAGGUGGAAGUACCAUAAAAAAUAUAACAAUUACUUUGAUGAAAGCAGGAGGCCUCUCCAUGAGCUUCCAUCAUCAUCAUCAUCAUCAUCAUCGACAACCAAAGGCCAAACACCCGACAAUGGGAUCAGCAUUGGAUAUUCUCUAGUCGUGGAUGAAGGGAAUUAUCAUACAAAAGAAUUGUUUCAGGACAUGGAACGCAUAAUGAAGAACAGCGUCGAUGAACUCCCAACCACAACCGUGCCAGCAAACAAAUUAGAAACAAAAACAGGCACAAACUAUGAUUCCUCCUUCUCGUCGUCCUCGGAGCAGGGACCCGUUAUUAGAAAAAGCCUGGGGGCAUGUUUCACCGGGACCGACAGCUAUUUUCACUACAAUGACGCCGAAACCAUGAGCCAGAUAAUCAGCUAUAAAAUUGAUUUGAAUCUGCGGAUCAAAACCCACUCGAGGAAUGGGGUCAUUCUCUGGACAGGUCGUCAGAGUGCCCUCGACACUGAUGAUUACCUAUCGUUGGGUAUUGAAAACGGUUAUCUGCAUCUGCGUUACAAUUUGGGAUCCGGCGAGGCCAAUGUCCAGUUCAAUGUAACCAGAGUUAGCGAUGGGCUCUGGCAUAGAGUACGAGCAAUAAGGAAUUCUCAAGAAGGCUUCUUGGAGGUAGAUGGCCGGAAGUCCGUUGUGCAUAGGUCACCGGGCAAGCUAAGACAGCUGAACACAGACACUGGACUCUAUGUUGGCGGCAUGUCUGAUGUUUCAUACUUUACAAGAAGAAGAUACUCUACGGGAAUAAUUGGCUGUAUUUCAGAAAUAAUACUCGCAGGUGAACUGCAACUCAAUUUUGAUCCGGCAACUCUGGGAACAGCGCACAACGUCGAAACUGGAAUCCUCUGAAAAAGCAUAAACAGUCAAAACACUUGACGUUAGUACAAUAUUAUUAUUUUAUUGUAUUAAGUUUGUAUAAUACCAAGAAUAUACUUAAUUGUUGUUUUAUUUUUCAACUAAAUAACUUAUUCAAUUUUGGAAUAAAAUAAAAAAAAAACAAAAAAUCAACUAACUAAUUACCAAACUAGCCGCAAUAAAACUAAAACAAAAACAUAAAAAACAAUUCAAGAAAUCAAAGAAUUAAGUGCUAUACAUACAAGUUUUGUUUUUGAAUUUAAAUUUAAAUUUAAAUUUUUUUCUUACCGGAAAUAUAUUUUUAUUUUUUGCAUGAUAGGUUAAGCUUACUUUAUAUAUAGGCGUAAUAAAUAUACCUUUAUAAACAUGAACGUAAUUUCAUCAUAAAAAAGAUAUAUAACGCUAUUUGUGAUCUAAAAACAGAAAACCUAUAUCAUUUUCUUCAAUUAGUCAAAUAAAUUAAAAAUUAUUAUAAUAAUUGUUUUUUAGAGAUAUUUAUACAAAACAAAAAAAAAUAUAUAAAAAUAAUGUAAAAAUUAAUAAAACACAAAAAAAUGAAUAAAUAUUGCGAUAGAAUAAUACAAUGCGUAAAAAUAUCAUUUGUAAAUGUAUACAGACGAAAACAAAUAAUAAUGAUAAACACUGAUCAACCACCAACAAUUUAGAAAAAAGUAAACAAAACUCUAAUGUAGCUUAUUUAUAUAUAAAAAAAAUAUAAAAUAAAAAAGAUUUAAAUGCAACGCUAAUAAAAAACAAAAUAAAAUAAAAAUAUGAAGAGAAGGGAGUUGAACAAAAAUAUAUUCUUAUGUAAUCGACGUCUUUGUAAAAAACAAAUGUUCGUGUUCAAUAAGAGCUUCAAUCUUAGCAAAACUAUCUUUAAAUGGCUCCAAUCAGCUUUCAAUGUCAACUAAAAAGAUUGUCCUUUUUUACCGUGUACCAACCAGAGUCCAUCCGAUGAAGUUUGGCUAAGAGUUGUGACUUGAAUUGAACGCAACCAAUUACAAAUUGCUGAUACCGAUGUUUAAGCUGCGAAAAAGAAUAAUAUGAGAAAGGGGAAAGAAGUAAUGUAAACAAAAAAUAUAUUAAUUUAUAAACAAAAUAUAUAUAAAUAAAUAUAUAUUAUACUAAAUAAAUAUGUAUAGGUGACAUUUUUGUACGAAGUUUAAUAAGAAAACAAAAUCAAAACAUAAAUUAUAAAAUAUAAAGCAAACAUACUCUUAUGUAACAUAUAAAGUUUGUGGUGGUGUCUACGAGUAAUGCAUGCAAACGAAGAUUAGAAUAAUUACGGAAACUAGUAUAUUAUCAUAAUUAUUAUGAACUUGAUUUGUACCUAUAUCUUUAAAAUAGACAGAAGAAUAUUGCUGGAUUUAUUUUUAAAUGCCAUGUGGUGAAUUUAUACUUAGUCCUUCUAUUUUUAGAAAAACAAAAUUAUCAAAACAAUUUUGAUUUUCGUUCAAUACUUCAGUAAUUUCAGUCUAGAAGAUGUUAUAAAAUGGUUCCUUGAACAUUAAAUUAUAUUUCGAAGUUUGAAAAAUUAAAUCGAUCGAAAAGUGAACUCAUUUAUACUUAAAAUCCACCGCCUUUUCGCUAAAAAUUAUUCAUCAAAUUUAAUUUUUGGAUUUUUUGUUUUUUUUUUUUUUUUAAUAAGCGAAACAAAUUAUUUUUGAGUGAUGAACAUCCUUCUUUGGACCUUAAUAACACUGUUUAACAAGGUAACGUAGGUGGCAAUAAUGUACGUAUACGAUCUCUUAGGUUUUUGAUGGCUUUAGCUUGAAUCGAAAUAUCACGUCAGAGGUCUUAGAUACAACCUUUUAUAAUUCGAAAACAAUCAUUAUAUUAGACUUAUGAAGUAAAUUUUUUCAAUAACAUUCUUGAUAACUAUCCACUAUCACAAUACCUUCCUUCAUCUUUCUUAUUUUUUUAAACCGUCAUUAGUUGUAAGUCUUCACCUACGUUUCUUAAAAAAAGCUGAAGCAUUGAUGUUAAAACGGUUUUGAACAAAAAAAAGAAACAAGUAUAACAGCAAUCUUUAAUUUUUGUACGUACUCUUAGUAGCAACAAAAUACAUAAGGUUGAAAGGUAUUUUGAGUUUGAUCACCAGCAGUUUGGAUUCGGAAUCAGCACUAAAAACUUACUUUCUCUCUAAAAAAGUUCCCCAAUUAUUCAAAAACAUAAAAGAAUUACAUUGAAGGCGUCUCAAAACUUCAGAUAGAGUUAAAUAAGACCAAUAAACCAUUUCAUAACUUAUGAGAAAUAACGAAAAUUAAGCGAGAUAAUAAAAUGAUUUAAAAUCUAGAAGAUAAGGAUUUGUGCUUUACAAAAUCAAUUUAUUGAUAAGGAAUUUUAUUUCAACUUACAAUAAGCCUUAAAAACACCGUUUUUGUAUGUCAUUAAAAAUUUUAAAGGGCGUAAUUGAAGAACCUGGUGUGACAGAAAACUGUCUACCUGUGUUAAUAGACGUAAGAAUUUUGGUGAAUUCAAUUAGCUUCAAAGAAAAAAGAAAGGAAUAUCACCUUACUUAAGGUGGCGUUACUGUCCUGUGUGAACUAAGGCCUCACCCAACAAACUUCUCUAUCUAGCUCGUUCCCUAGCUGGAUGUCUCCAGUUUCGAGCUCCAAGUUGGGUGAUGUCACUUUGCACUUGUGCACGCCACCUGAUCCGCUGUUUUCUUCUCCUGUGGUGUGGAUUCGAAGACUUUCCGGGCCGGAGCAUGCGCUCUACAUGACCCAGCCAUAUUAGUCGUUGGACUUUUACCCUUCUGGCUAAGUCAACGUCUCUGUACAGCCCGUACAGCUCGUCGUUCCAUCUUCUCCUCCACUCCCCUUCGAUGCAUACAGUACCGUAGAUCACACAAAGAACUUUUCUCUUGAACCGACCCAAGGUGCUUUCAUCACUCUAAUGCUUUCUUAGCUCCAAGAAACAGCGGUUAGCAAGAGUUAUUCUGCGUUUUAUCUCAGCGCUGGUGCUGUUUUCUGCGUUUACAGCGGAGCCAAGGUAGACGAAGUCCUUGACUACCUCAAAGUUACGUCUGUCGAUGGUGACGUUUAGACCAAGACGUCGGUGUUGUAGGUCCUUUCUUGACGACAGCAUGUACUUUUUUUUGCCCUCAUUAACCGCUAAACCCGUUAUUGCAGCCUCUGCCUCAAUACUCACAAAAGCGUCAUUGACAGUUCUUCCGAUUAUGUCAAUUUCAUCAGCAUAUGCCAGUAAUUGGACAGACUUCUGAAAGAUAGUGCAUCUAGUGUUGAAGUGUGAGCUCUGCACUAUUCUUUCAAGCACGAUGUUAAAAAAAUCGAAAGGUUCUGUUAAGUUGUUUCCAACCUUUAUGGAGCAGCGUGAGUUCUCCAUGGUCAUCCUGCAAAAACGGACGAGUUUGGCAGGGAUGCCAAAACUAGACAUGGCUCUAUACAGCUCGUCCCUGUAGAUGCUGUCAUAUGCGGACUUAAAAUCGAUGAAAAGAUGGUGGGUGUCGAUUUGGUGUUCUUGGGUUUUUUCCAGGAUCUGCAGUAAUGUGAAUAUUUGAUCGACUGUGGACUUACCUGGUCUAAAAGGAAUAUCACCAUCAAUAUCAAAAUCACAAGAAUAGUAGACUAGUGGACCACGAAAGGCUUCCCUUACAAUAUAAAUACAUAGUGGUUCGUGAUAUGGUUUGCGCGAUUGCUUUACCUUGGUUAAACCAAAUGUUAACCAAGGCUUAGUUUUGCAAUUCCGGCAUUGAGAAGUCGUGAAUUAUAGCCCUGUAUCGUUCGUUAAAAGCAGUGAUGUAUUGUGAAGUGUGUCAUCUUGAACCAGAAAACGCAUAAAGUUUAAGCAAAUCUUAAAAACUUAAGCUCCAAUUAAGGUAAAAACCUAAUCAGAUUGUUCCAAGAGAAGAGUUUUAUUGAGAACCAUCAAUGAAAAAUACUGACCAAAGAAUGAGAGGAGAUUUAAGGGGAUCGCGUGACUGAAUGUUAGCAAUUAGUUUGUUCUUGUUUAUUAAUAGUUUUUAUUAGUCCACCUGUUAAAAGCAAAAUAUGUAUAUCAUUUAUUAACAUUUCAUCAUUGAUGGAAUUGAUAACAUACCGGUUAUUUGUUUAGAAUCAUUAGAUACAUUUUAUUUUUAGUUCACCGCAUAGCAUUUAAAAUUCAGCAAUUGAUGAGUGUAAUUGUAUACUAAAACCAAUAUAAAGUAGAUAAUGUCAAUUUAUAUGUAAACACCUUCAUUAUGUGAGUAUGUGUAUAUUUAAAUUGCUCCUCUGUUAAACUAUCCAACUUCAUAAUAAAAUAAUAAUUAUAAUUAUUGUACACCGAUUUCGCAAGAACCAAACAUUAGAUACCUACAACUACAACUUAAUACAUUACAUAAUUCAUAAUUCAACCAACAACCACUUAACACCAAGUUUUAGUUUGUGUGAAUCCCUCCCCACAUCACCCGAAAAUUCCACUUAAUAAAAUACUGUCCCAUUCUUAUCGAAUAUUAUGAUGAAACAAAAAUAUAUAAAAUAAAAACAAUCCUUAAGAAAAAAAAUGUAAAACAAAACUCUAACAAAACAAAAAUAUAAAACAAAUCACAAUUACUAAUGCUGUUAUCUAUUUAUGCAAAGAGUAAAUAUAUGUCAAUUCCUAAAAAGCAAAGAAAACGCUGUAAAAUAACUGAUUGUAAAAAUUGAUUUAUUAUCAUUAUUAUUAUGUAAUAAGUUCUCCACGUGCAACACAAGCAACAAAAAUCAUUCGAGAAUAAAUGAUAUACCUAUUAUUAUUUUACAAUUUUUAUGGCUGAAUAAAUUUAUUUUGAAUUUGUGA